CCGUGAUUGACAGCAGGGCUGUUUUUUGCCGCUUCCAUUGCUGUUGACAAGUAAUAAUGAAGCUUUGUCAGUCCAUCAUGGACAUGGAUAUGCCAGAUUACGUCGACUCCUUGGACUCCUCUUACACCAUGCUGGAAUUUGACAACCUUCGCGUGCUCCCAAAUAACACCGAGAGGUCUAACUGUCCCUGUUCUCUGCCCACAGAGGCCAUCACAGCUGAAUCAGCAAACACCAACCUGCUCACCAACGGCAUCAGCUCCCUCUGCUCCAUCUGCGGCGACCGGGCGACUGGCAAACACUACGGGGCAUCCAGCUGCGACGGCUGCAAAGGCUUCUUCAGGAGGAGCGUCCGUAAGAACCACGUCUACUCCUGCAGGUUCAGCCGACAGUGCGUGAUAGACAAAGACAAGAGGAACCAGUGCAGGUACUGCAGGCUGAAGAAGUGCUUCAGAGCUGGCAUGAAGAAAGAAGCCGUGCAGAACGAGCGCGACAGGAUCAGCAUCCGCAGGAGCAGCUACGAGGACAACAGCUCCCUCUCCAUCAACGUGCUCACGCAGGCUGAGGCCAUGGCGCAGCAGUAUUCAUCGCCGAGCCCGGUGCACAGUGCGGACAUUGCAAUGAAGAAGGUUGCGACCAUCAACGACGUGUGCGAAUCAAUGAAACAGCAGCUUCUGGUGCUGGUUGAAUGGGCAAAAUACAUCCCAGCGUUUUGUGAGCUCCCGCUUGAUGACCAGGUUGCCUUGCUCAGAGCCCACGCAGGGGAACACCUGCUCCUCGGGGUGGCCAAGCGGUCCAUACCAUACACCGAUUUUCUGUUAUUAGGGAAUGACUUCAUCAUCCCAAUGCACUGCCCAGAGCUGGAAAUCGCCCGUGUGGCCACCAGAAUCCUGGACGAGCUGGUGAAGCCCUUGCGGGACAUCCAGAUCGAUGACAAUGAGUACGCUUGCCUUAAAGCCAUCAUCUUCUUUGACCCAGACUGCAAAGGCCUGAGCGAGCCCGGGAAGGUGAAGAACAUGCGCUUCCAGGUCCAAGUCAACCUGGAGGACUACAUCAACGAUCGCCAGUACGACUCCCGCGGCCGGUUCAGCGACAUCCUCCUCCUGCUGCCGCCCUUACAGAGCAUCACCUGGCAGAUGAUCGAGCAAGUCCAGUUCGUGAAGCUCUUCGGCGUGGCCAGGAUUGACAGCUUGCUGCAGGAGAUGCUGCUGGGAGGAACCACCGUUGAUCUCCAGUACCAGGCAGGACCUCCCAACAUCAACCUGGAACCGCUGCCAGGACACGUCCUCCCGAGCAACAUGAGCUCUGUGAUUCACACCGCUCCAGACCCAUCUCCUGACACAUCCCUUCCAUCUCCUUCAGCAAGCACAGGCAGCGAAGACUAUAAACUAGGCUCUAGCGCAGGACCCAACGCCGUCGCGCAGCUCCUGCCGCAGCCAGUGAUACCCAAGCAGGAGAUUUUAUAGGGAGAGGUGGAAGGAGAAGCUGGGAGCAAUGUGGAAACCCUGCCGAAAGUGAACCCGGGCCCUUUCUCUUUGCAGAGGCAAAGCACAGCAACCCCCUGCCUGUAGCCGCAUCUGCCGGUCGCAAAAAAAGUGAGCCGAGCAUCACCUACCAGACCGCAUCGGGAGCCUCGCCACGGGUCUGCCCACCGCCAUCACCCCCAUUUCACAAGCGAUUGGGGUUCAUGCUCUUUUCAGUAGGACCAAGACUGUACCUGACUGCAUUUGUUAUCAGCUUGGUGUGACCACGACCCUUUUGAAGCCUUCGGCCGCUAUCUUCAUAAAACCAAACACCUUACACAGCUCCUGGUAACUGCUAAUGAGUGCAGCGUGUCUCGAAUUGUCAGUAUG